AUGACGGCAGAAAAAAGGAGGAGAAUCUUCACUGGAGUUCAUCGAGGAGAUGAUUUUAAAGGUGAGGAAGACUACUAGGAAGACUAAGAAUUCGGAAUCUUACUGGCUAAUCGCCUGUCAAAACGUAGGUGAUCUGAAGUUGGCAGAUCAUUUCGUGGAGACGCCUCUUAUAAUUAUGAUAAGUAGUAAUGUAAUGGGACUUGGGAUGUUUAUGAUGUUGAAAAUCAUCCUAUUUUUCAGGUUGACACUUGAUGCUCCGCCUACACCUACGCCCAAUGCUAACAUCGGGACAAUUUCGACCGAAGAUUCGCAGUAA